AAAACCAACUAUCUGAUUUUUUUUUCAAAAAUAUUUAAAUUAUCUAAAUUACUCGAUAUUUUAUUUCAAAACUGGAGCUACCCGAUAUUUUCUUUUAAAAUUUUGAGUUAUCCAUAAAAUUUAUUUAAAUUAAUUGAGAUUAUCCAAAAAUCAGCACCAAACCAAUUGGAUCAUAUUAGCCGGUUUCCAACUUUGUUAUCCAAACUGAACCGAAACCGAACCAAAUUUCAUAUAUAACCGAAUUGAUCCUAUAACCGAAAAAACUAAACCAAAUUAACCUAACUGAAUCGAAAACCAUAAUGCCCAGGCAUAUACAUUUCUUAAAUACACUGUUCCAAUGCGACGUUAUGCGUUUCCUAGGUUUAUGCUUAUGUUACACUAAAAUGAUAAAUCAGAUGAGAGUUUUUAGAAUAACAUUUCUCAAUGGAUUCGUCAGACAAACAUUGUCGAAGCAUAAUAAAAAUAAAAAAAAGUUGAGAUCUUUUAGAUGAAAGUGAUGGAUAUGGAAGAAGGGGUUAAAGAUAAUGCUGCAUCACCACCCCCUAAAUCAAGAAUCACAAACCAAUCUAGGGCUCUUGUGUCAAUACGUCUGCUUCAGGUAUUGUUGCUGUUUCUUGUUUUGACUCUUGGGAUCUCCGUUGUUAGUAUACACAUGAUCAAGUUCUUCAAGAUUCAAGAUCCUGUGUCUUCGACCACGUUGGUCUCUAUGUACGAUCAUGAAGCCGUUACGUUAGAGAGCUUUAUUAGGCCUCCUUUGAAUGUUUGGCACACUAUGAAUGACGGUGAAUUGCUUUGGCGUGCUUCCAUGGAGCCAAAGAGACAUGACUAUCCGUUUAAACGGGUUCCUAAGUUGGCUUUCAUGUUUCUCACCAAGGGGCCUUUACCAUUUGCUCCACUUUGGGAGAUGUUCUUUAAGGGACAUGAGGGUCUCUACUCAAUCUAUGUUCAUGCAUUGCCUAACUACAGAUCAGAUUUUGAUAGGUCAUCUGUGUUUUACAGAAGAUACAUCCCAAGUCAGGCUGUGGCAUGGGGAGAGAUGAGUAUGUGUGACGCUGAAAGGAGGCUUCUAGCUAGUGCGUUGCUUGAUAUAUCUAAUGAAUGGUUUGUUCUGCUGUCUGAAUCAUGCAUUCCUCUACGCGGUUUCGGCUUUAUCUAUGGUUAUGUCUCUGGAUCAAGAUAUAGUUUCAUGGGUUGUGCUGACGAGGAAGGACCUGAUGGGAGAGGAAGAUACAGAAACGGAAUGGAACCUGAGAUCACACUUAGCCAGUGGAGAAAAGGGUCACAGUGGUUUGAAAUUAACCGGAAACUCGCUCUUGAGAUUGUUCAAGACAUCACUUACUAUCCCAAAUUCAAAGAGUUUUGUAAACCUCCAUGUUAUGUUGAUGAACAUUACUUCCCUACAAUGUUGUCUAUGAAACAUAGGAUUUUUCUGGCUAACCGGACACUGACAUAUACAGAUUGGUCACGUGGUGGUGCUCAUCCAGCUACUUUUGGAAAGGCUGAUAUAACGGAAACUUUCCUCAAGAAUCUUCCAGGAGCUAAAGCUUGCUUCUACAAUGAUCAGAGGUCUCCUGUUUGUUAUCUCUUUGCUAGAAAGUUUGCUCCGAGUGCAUUGGAGCCCUUAUUGGAACUUGCACCCAAGAUUCUUGGGUUCUAAUAGAUCUAACACUUGUCAAUCUUGGUUUUGUUCUGGAAAGUGCUUGAGUUUGGACUGUAAACACUACAACUGAUCAUUAAUAAGUCUCUUCUUACACAAUGAUAUUUGAGGUAUUGUGAUUGUUAUAGAUAAUUUUGACCUCAGAGAUGGUUGAAUAAAGAGGAUUGAGUUCUUAUUCA